AACACUGUUGCUCUAGUUUUAAUAAGGUGUUGCUGAGCUUUUGUGUGCAGUCGGACCCCAAUGUGCAAAUUUACUCUUUGGACUUCACAAGCUCCCCCCUUAAUGUCCUUUUGGAAAAAGAACUGAUGGAUUUUUAUGAAUCUCAUCCACCAGGCAAGGUGGACUUCUCCAGCAAAAGGCCAGUCUUGGUUCUUCAGAAUGAUGCCCUCUACUCCCAGAGGCGAGCUUAUACCAGUGAGGAUGAAGCUUGGAAAUCCUUCCUUGAAAACCCUCUUACGGCAGCCACAAAAGCCAUGAUGAGCAUCAACGGGGAUGAAGACAGCGCUGCUGCCCUGGGACUGCUGUAUGACUACUAUAAGGUUCCCCGAGAAAGGAGAACACCAGCGGUGAAACCAGAUGUGGAUCACUCGGAGCAAGAUCAUAGCAAAAGGAACAGCAUGCCAAGUAUGACAGAACAGCCGCUCAUUUCUACUGGCGAAAACAGAGUGCAAGUCUUGAAAAACAUGCCUUUGAAUAUUGUUCUUCCGCACACUUCCCAAAUGGGUGUUGACAAGAGGGGUCACCUAACGACUCCAGACACAACUGUCACAGUAUCCAUCGCAUCCAUGCCGACCCAUUCGAUCAAGACAGAAACGCAGUCGCACAGCUUCACUGUCGGCAUUCCUCCGACCGUUUAUCACUCUGAGGCACCUGAGCGAGUGGUGGUGUUAGAUAGGAGUCUCAACACUGACCAGUUCAGUUCUAGCUCCCAGCCUCAGAAUUCCCAGCGGCGUACUCCAGAUUCCACUUUCCCAGAGCCUUUUAAAGAAGGAGUGCAAGAGGUUUUCUUUCCUGCCGAGCUGAAUCUCCGGAUGGCCAGCAUAAAUUCUGAAGACUAUGUGUUUGAAAGCAUUGCUGGGAACAACUUUGAAUACACUCUGGAAGCUUCCAAAUCGCUUCGGCAGAAGCCAGGGGAUAAUACGAUGACUUACCUAAACAAGGGCCAAUUUUAUCCAAUCACACUGAAGGAAAUUAGUGGUGGUGAAGGAAUCCAUCAACCCAUCAGUAAAGUUCGAAGCGUUAUCAUGGUUGUAUUUGCUGAAGACAAAACAAGAGAGGAUCAGCUCAGGCACUGGAAGUACUGGCACUCCAGGCAGCACACAGCCAAACAAAGAUGCAUUGACAUAGCCGAUUACAAGGAAAGCUUCAACACCAUCAGUAACAUUGAGGAGAUAGCAUACAACGCCAUCUCCUUCACUUGGGACAUCAAUGAUGAAGCCAAGGUCUUUAUUGCUGUCAACUGCCUCAGUACGGACUUCUCUUCGCAGAAGGGUGUCAAAGGACUUCCCUUGAAUCUUCAAAUUGACACCUACAGCUACAACAACAGGAGCAACAAACCCGUCCACAGAGCUUACUGUCAGAUUAAAGUCUUCUGCGACAAGGGGGCAGAGAGGAAGAUCAGAGAUGAGGAACGAAAACAAAGCAAAAGAAAAGGCAAGUGCACUGACCCCAGCUCCCAGCUGAAUGCCUUUUCCGAUGUCAAAGUACCCAUGCUGCCCUCCCACAAGCGGACAGACAUCACCGUCUUCAAGCCGUUUAUGGAUCUCGACACUCAGCCAGUUCUCUUCAUACCUGAUGUUCACUAUUCCAAUCUGCAACGUGGAGCUCAUGUUUUUCCUGUAGCAUCUGAUGAACUGGAAGGCGAAGGCUCUGCCAUGAAGAGAGGGUCUUACAUCAAUGAAGACGAUUUUGCUGCCACCCCAAUUAAACUGACUAGAAUAGAAGAACCCAAAAGAGUGUUGCUAUAUGUCCGAAAGGAAUCUGAAGAAGUCUUUGAUGCCCUCAUGCUCAAAAUUCCAUCUCUGAAAGGUCUAAUGGAAGCUAUCUCUGACAAAUAUGAUGUUCCUUUGGAUAAAAUUGGGAAAGUCUUUAAGAAAUGUAAAAAAGGCAUCCUGGUGAAUAUGGAUGACAACAUUGUAAAGCACUAUUCCAAUGAAGAUACCUUCCAGUUACAGAUUGAAGAGACUGCUGGAUCUUACAAACUCACUCUCACUGAGAUCUAAGCUCAUUUGGGGCCUUCUGUGUGGAUUUUAUAUGAAGAUUGUGAACACAAACUUCUCGUUCUUUUUUGUCCUCAGGAUUAAAUUUGCCUCUAGGGGAAAAGCCAUUAUUCUUCCAGAGAAGAAUACCUUUGGUUGUUAUUUAAGCAAGGAUGAUAUGUUUCUGUCCUUCUGACAGCAAAUGAAAGGUCUUGAAUUGAUUUUUUCAAAAUAGCAGGUCUUACAAAAGCACUAUGAAAUGACCCUCAGGUGAGCUCACCUGCACAUUCUUUUAGUUUUUAAAUAAAUGCAUGGGAUUGUUUCAUCAUUGAUGAUCUCUUCCAGGGCUGUACAGCUACCAAAUUCCCAUUGAUACUUGCAGGGAAGUUCCAGGCAGGUGUGGGAUGGAAUUUUAUGAUGUUUACUGCCAUCAAUCACUUCUCUGGCCCUUAUGUAGGAAUGCCAAACACUCUUGCUUUAUGAAGAACGUUCUUUUUAAUUACUGUAUGGAAUCCCAUUGACAAGCUCUAUUUGUAUAUAAGUGCAGUAUAUUUGAAGAGUUGUAAAUGUGUGUAUAUAAGUCAUAUAUAUAUAUAUAUUAUAUAUAUAAUAUAAAAUAUCAUAGUGGAUAUAUAUGUGUGUGUAUAUAGAAUGAAUAUCUGCAAUGAAGCCCAUCUGAAAGGACUACAUGUAUGUUGGAAUACAGUGUUGAGAAAAGCUGCAUCUGUUCUAAAUUAUCUGGAGUCUGUUUGGUUUCUUAUAAGGUGCAAUUUACCACCACCACCCCCAUUAGAUACAUUAUGCAAUAACCACUAUCUCGCUUGUCUCUGGCAUGCAAUUACGCAGGUGAGCCACAAUAUCAUCAUUUCAAGAAGAACACCGUUUAUUCUUCCUCGACUUCUUGUGUUACUUUAGUAGGUCCUGUUUUGGUUCCCUGCCUUGUUAUAUAUCUGUCUUAUUUCUGAUUGCAGCAAGAGUGAACAGAAAUCGUUUCAGUCCUGCUUUGAUGCUGAACAAUAUAAAAUGCUGUCUCAAAAAUUGUAAUAUGGAUCAACAUGAGGUCUAUCACUAGUGGAAUUGUUGGCUUACUGAUAUACAAAGAGUAAUCCAAAAUGGAGGACUGGAUAUGGUAGACUUAUUGGGAACAACAUGAUUGACACCAAAAGCGGACAUCGUGGGGUGGGGUUUACCAACACGAGUUUCCUUUCAGCCCAACAGUUUACCACAUUACUAGGAAGAGGUCUAACACAUGUGCUGCAUGCUGGUUUAAUCUCUCUGGCAUCUCCUGCUGAAGAACCUUGAGUAUCAACAGGCUGGAAAAGGCCCUGCACUGUCAGAGACACGAGAGAGCCACUGAGAGUCAGAAUAGGCAAUGCAAAUAGACAAAUAGUUUGCAUCAGUUGAAUAUGUUUGUAGGUACGUGUGCUGCUCUUAUUUUUGGUGACAAGACACCUCACUCAGAUAGGUGGCUUUUGGCCACCUAGCCAUGCAUAGGCAAGCGAUGUUGAACAUCAGCAGCAAGCAAUUGCUGCUUCCCAACCUCUGCCUCAUAGAAAUGAUAACAGCUUCAAAAGUUCAUUAUUCGGAUUGGGGAUUUUAACACAUUAGCUGCUAACAGGCCUUUACGCACACAUUAUCAAAGCUUAAGUAGAUUUUCCCUGGCAAUAUCAUUGGUGCGCAGCAGGCUGCUUUUCUCUGGCUUUAAGCUAAUUGGCACAUUUAUCAUGUAGAUGCUGCUGAAAACAGGCUCUGCAGAGAGCGUCUUCUGCCUGGUAUAAUGUGGCUUAUGAUAUGGAUUGUCCAUAUCACCUGGAACAUUUCUAAAGCAGUCACCAGAAAUGUGAUGUGCGGGCAUGGAAAGUUUCCGCACAAUGAGACUGAGCCAAAGACCUGCAUGUCACCAACAGAACAGGUUUUGCAUGCAGCCUGCUGCAGCAUCUAUGCACGCAAGUGAUACAAGUCGCGUUCAUGUAAUACUUGCUUUCUCAGGCAAAACUCUGAAGUGGCAUUAUGUAAUGGACAUAGGGAGAAAACCACUCAAGUUGCUGCUCACCAGAUCUUUUCCAUUGCUAGUGCUUUUAUUGCAGUUGUUUAGCAACCUAAGUGAAAUGUAUGAAAUAGGCUGUAUAGAUGGGAUGAACCAAAAAGAGACUGCCGAAGCAAAAUUCUGAUGGUCUUUUAAAAACCAAACUUCUGCUGGAAAAUAAAUCAUGUCACCCAAACCCGACAGCUUUUGCCUCUGCUGCAUUUACGACUGCCGAAAACCAGCAGAUUUUGUUGGAGAGUUACUUUGGCAAGGGAAUUUUUAUACAUGCACGUAGAAGUUAAGUAUACACUUUAAAAAAUGAAGUUUGUACUAUGGACAGUGAAAAUUGGUAUGGGUGGGAUGAGAAGCUUUGUAACGGUUGAAUUAUAUAUAUCAGUUAUAAAUAUUUAUAAAAAAUGUCUGAACUAUAUUGCUGGUCAUUCUUCUGGGACAUGGGCCUUUUAACCAUAGCCAUAUUUUUAUGGAGGUGAUUUUGAUCGUCUUCUGUUUUGUGUCCAUGUAAUUGAAAUGUUACUGUAAAGCAAGAACGAUUAAAUUUUAUAAGUCUGUUUGUAACCAUUCA